UUGGAUAUGUCUCACGUUUUAUUGGCGUUAAAUAUAAGAUUUUGUCAAACAGUGCAAGAUAAACCGCUCCUGUCCAGAUUUACUCAAAUAUUCGCGUUUGUAUCGCUCUGUGUUUGUUGCGCAGUAAAGCGACACCCACGGAAGUGACCAAGAUGGGAAGAAUUGACGACGUAUUUUGGCAUGACGCAAUGUCCUAGCGCCUGGCAACACGCACCGAGUGAUUCAUUCUGAAGUUGAGAGAUGGCUUAGCUAGUGUGCUAAUUCUCUGUAAGAUAAACAUGACUCUAACUCGGAUAAACGCUAAAGUAUCUGUUUUACGCUAGUAUUGCUCUUGUUUAUAUCAUACAACCAUCCGACCAUGAAGUUGCUUCAUAAAGACAUUGAAAAAGAUAAUGCCGGUCAGGUGACCCUGAUACCGGAGGAGGCGGAGGAUAUGUGGCACACCUACAACCUCCUGCAAGUGGGGGACAGCCUGAGAGCCUCCACUAUCAGAAAGGUGCAGACAGAGUCCCCUACUGGAAGUGUGGGGAGCUCCAGAGUCCGGACUACUCUGACCCUGUGUGUGGAGACCAUCGACUUUGACUCCCAGGCCUGCCAGCUGAGAGUAAAGGGCACUAACUUAGAGGAGAACCAGUAUGUCAAGAUGGGAGCUUACCACACCAUUGAGCUCGAGCUCAACAGGAAGUUCACUCUGGCUAAAAAGAGCUGGGACAGCGUUGUGUUGGAUAGAAUUGAGCAGGCGUGUGAUGCAACCCAGAAGGCAGAUGUGGCAGCUGUGGUGAUGCAGGAGGGUCUGGCCAACCUGGUGCUGGUGACCCCUGCCAUGACUCUGCUGCGUGCAAAAGUGGAGGUCACCAUUCCCCGCAAGAGGAGGGGGAGCUGCACUCAGCACGAAAAGGCACUGGAGAGAUUCUAUGAGGCUGUGAUGCAAGCAAUUCUUCGCCACAUCAAUUUUGACGUGGUGAAGUGCAUCUUAGUCGCCAGUCCAGGUUUUGUGAAGGACCAGUUCAUCACCUACCUCUAUAAAGAGGCGGUGCGACAGGACAACAAGGUCCUGCUGGAGAAUCGACCCAAAUUCAUGCUGGUCCACUCGUCAUCAGGUCACAAGUACUCACUCAAAGAAAUCCUCUCUGACCCCACUGUGACAAGUCGGCUCUCUGAUACCAAGGCAGCAGGAGAGGUGAAAGCCCUGGAGGAUUUCUACAAGAUGCUCCAGCAUGAGCCCGACAGAGCCUUCUAUGGACUAGCUCAUGUGGAGAAAGCUGCCGACGCCCUCGCCAUCGAUACCUUGUUGAUAAGUGAUAAGCUCUUCAGACAUCAGGACAUCCCCACGAGGAGUCGUUACGUUCGGUUGGUGGACAAUGUGAGGGACAAUGGAGGCAAUGUCAGAAUAUUCUCAAGCCUUCAUGUGUCUGGUGAACAACUGACUCAGCUGAGCGGAGUGGCUGCCAUCUUGCGGUUUCCCAUCGCCGACCUGUCGGAGGCCGAGGAGGACAGCAGCUCAGAUGAAGACUGAGCACCAGAAAUGUAGCAGAGAGCGCAUAUUGGGAGAGAAGAAGAGGAAGGUUGUCCAGUGUUGCAGAUAACACAAGAAUGCAUCGACUCAGUGUGUUAUAAAACAAUAAAGCUGCUGCGUAUUCCACCUCUGCAACAUCCACACCUCUUUAAAGUCUGAUCUCUGCACCUGAUUCUGUAUUUUGAUUUGAUGCUUUGGGUUUGAAGGUGGUAGCAGGUUUGAAAGGUGCCAGUUAACAAUGCCAAUGAACAGGAAUGUAACAUUUGUUGCCAAGUCCAAAUGAAAACAGUUGCAAUCUUGACUGACAUUUAGCAAUAGAAAACAAAGUCUUUCUUUCCAAGUGUAUAUACAAUUUAUCUUUCUUGCAAUUAAACAACAGAAGCAUUCAA